UUUUGCGCCACAAGAAACCAAAGAACCAUUACCCGGUAUUUCAUUAUUCUAGUGAAACUUGAAACUCUUCUUGUAGUCCUCUCAAUCUCUCCCAAGAAGAAAAUGAUGAGGUGUGUGUCUUGUGGUAAAGGGUGUGUGCCCAUAUCAAGAACAAUGCAUAGUAUAAGGUUCAUGUCACCAAUUGGUGUUACAGUUAUUGUGCCAAGUAAUGGAAGGCCAUGCAAAAGGAUUUCUGGCAUCAGGGUGCAGGCUUCUAUGGUGGACUCUUCUGAUUUUCUUAGGCGCAUGGAACUGGCCUGGUUAAUCUCUCAGCAACCAAGGCCAAUCGUGUGUACAUCUUGCAACUCAAAAGGGCACACUGAAUGCAAAUGGUGUGGGGGAACCGGUUUCUUCAUUAUUGGUGACAACAUGCUUUGUGAAGUUCCAUCCAGAAACACUCGCUGUAUUAUUUGCAACGGAAAGGGAUCAAUGUGCUGUUCUGAUUGUCAAGGAACAGGUUUUCGGGCAAAGUGGUUGGAGGAACCUCCUAGUUCAAAGUAGCAAAGAUACUUUACAGCUUUUGAGUUGAGACAUUGAAGUUGUUCCUCAUUUACUUGGACCCUUUAAUGAACUGAAUGCAGCUGCAGCUUCAACAGCAGAUUACUAAUACAGUUGACAAUAUUGUUCAGUUGCUUGUGUUUAAAAAAUGUUAUAUAUUUUACAUGUUUUUUUCACUAUAAAAACGUAACAUGGAGCAGUGUUGUAACUUUUGAUACAGUAUGUCUCCUUUCAACAUGUUGAUGUGUAGACACUACAAUUGUUUGUGUACACAAUUCCAUUUAUUUACAUUUUAAUAAAACCAACUU